AGACGAUAUCCGUGACCCGGAAAGUACUUAGUUAAUCUUGCCCGCUUCACAGCGGUAGUACAGAGAACGCACUGGGGAGUGAAACACCAAUUUGCCGGCAGAAGAACACCAAAAGGUUCACUUAUAUGGUCUGAAAAAACAAACAUGAUGUUGAUAUUAUCCUGGCAACUAAUGACAAGGCGAAACCCUAAACGAUCGAGAUAUAGCCUUAAAACCGUUCAGGAAUAGGAGCAGUGGAGUAUCCGAGGCUCUGAAAUAUUUUCUGGGACUUGAGUCUUUGAAAAUAUAUAUAUAUAUUGUCACCUGAGAAGAAUUAGUGCUUUAACGAAAGGAAGGGGACACGUCGUUCAAUUUGUGCCGGUUGACAACGGGGGCAAUUUGGGAGGAUCUCGGGUUAAGCGGACACCACAGCGGCCCUUGUCCAAAUCAGCGAGAGAAGCCGGGGUGUCGGCUUGAUAGAGUGGUCGGGUGGAACGUCUCCAACGCUGAGGUAAUAGCGUCAGACGAACAGGAGCUGCGUUGAGAUUUGACCAUUGGGACCCGGGGACAGAGACCUCAUGAAUGGAAAUCGGAACUUCAGGAGAUGUGGGGGCCCAGGCCCUGUUCACAGUGCCGCGGCGCCCUGGCUUUGGCACCAUGGGGAAGCCUAUCAAGCUGCUGGCCAACUGCUUCCAGGUGGAUAUCCCCAAGAUGGACGUCUACCUCUAUGAAGUAGACAUCAUUCCCGAGAAGUGCCCGCGUCGCGUCAACAGGGAGGUGGUGGACUCCAUGGUGAAGCACUUCAAGGUGACCAUCUUUGGGGACCGAAGGCCAGUCUACGAUGGGAAGAGGAGCCUCUACACAGCCAACCCCCUACCAGUCGCCACAGCAGGGGUGGAUCUGGACGUCACCCUGCCAGGGGAGGGGGGUAAGGAUCGCCCCUUCAAAGUGUCCAUCAGGUUUGUGUCGCUAGUCAGCUGGCACAUGCUGCAUGAGGUCCUGACCGGGCGCACCGUGCCUGAGCCCUUGGAGCUGGACAAGCCCAUCAGCACCAACCCUGUACACGCUGUGGACGUGGUGCUGCGACACCUGCCCUCCAUGAAGUACACCCCAGUGGGGCGCUCCUUCUUCUCCUCCCCUGAGGGUUACGACCACCCCCUGGGCGGCGGCAGGGAGGUGUGGUUCGGCUUCCACCAGUCGGUGCGGCCCGCCAUGUGGAAGAUGAUGCUCAACAUUGACGUAUCGGCCACGGCGUUCUACAAGGCCCAGCCGGUGAUCCAGUUCAUGUGUGAGGUCCUGGACAUCCAUAACAUAGACGAGCAGCCCCGGCCCCUCACCGACUCCCACAGGGUAAAGUUCACCAAAGAGAUCAAAGGUCUGAAGGUGGAAGUGACCCACUGCGGGACGAUGCGUAGGAAGUACAGAGUGUGUAACGUGACCCGCCGCCCUGCCAGCCACCAGACGUUCCCCCUGCAGCUGGAGAAUGGUCAGACAGUGGAGCGCACGGUGGCCCAGUACUUCAGGGAGAAGUACAGCUUGCAGCUGAAGUACCCCCACCUCCCCUGCCUCCAGGUGGGCCAGGAGCAGAAACACACCUACCUGCCCCUGGAGGUGUGCAACAUAGUAGCUGGCCAGCGCUGUAUUAAAAAACUCACUGAUAACCAAACGUCCACCAUGAUCAAAGCCACGGCCCGCUCUGCCCCAGACAGACAGGAGGAGAUCAGCAGGCUGGUGCGGAGUGCGAACUAUGAGAUGGACCCGUUCGUCCAGGAGUUCCAGUUCCGCGUGCGCGACGAGAUGGAGCAGGUGACGGGCCGCGUGCUGCCAGCCCCCGGGCUGCAGUACGGCGGCAGGGUGAGCUCGGAACACUUCCUGCCCCAGCAGGUGAACCCUGUGGUGUCUUUGCAGAACCGCACGGUGGCCACGCCCAGCCACGGCGUGUGGGACAUGAGGGGCAAACAGUUCCACACCGGGGUAGAGAUCAAGAUGUGGGCCAUCGCCUGCUUCGCCACACAGAGGCAGUGUCGCGAGGAGAUCCUCAAGGGUUUCACUGACCAGCUGCGUAAGAUCUCUAAGGAUGCUGGGAUGCCCAUCCAGGGCCAGCCAUGUUUCUGUAAAUACGCCCAGGGAUCAGACAGCGUGGAGCCCAUGUUCAGGCACCUGAAGAACACCUACACUGGCCUGCAGCUCAUCAUCGUCAUCCUACCUGGGAAGACCCCUGUCUAUGCUGAGGUGAAGCGGGUUGGAGACACCCUCCUGGGCAUGGCCACUCAGUGUGUCCAGGUGAAGAACGUGGUGAAGACGUCCCCCCAGACCCUCUCCAACCUCUGCCUCAAGAUCAACGUCAAGCUGGGGGGCAUCAACAACAUCCUGGUCCCACACCAACGUCCCUCCGUUUUCCAGCAGCCUGUUAUCUUCCUGGGGGCCGACGUCACUCACCCUCCAGCCGGAGACGGAAAGAAGCCAUCCAUCGCAGCGGUGGUGGGCAGUAUGGACGCCCACCCCAGCAGGUACUGUGCCACAGUGAGGGUCCAGAGACCCAGACAGGAGGUGAUCCAGGACCUGGCCUCCAUGGUGCGGGAGCUCCUCAUCCAGUUCUACAAGUCCACCCGCUACAAACCAACCAGAAUCAUAUUUUACAGGGAUGGCGUGUCAGAGGGUCAGUUCAGACAGGUGCUGUACUACGAGCUGCUGGCCAUCAGGGAAGCCUGUAUCAUGUUGGAGAAGGAGUACCAGCCUGGCAUCACCUACAUCGUGGUGCAGAAACGCCACCACACACGCCUCUUCUGUGCGGACCGCAAUGAGCGGGUUGGACGAAGUGGUAACAUUCCUGCAGGCACCACUGUGGACACCGAUAUCACUCACCCCUAUGAGUUUGACUUUUACCUCUGCAGCCACGCAGGAAUACAGGGUACAAGCAGACCUUCCCACUACCACGUCCUGUGGGACGACAACUGCUUCACGGCUGACGAGUUCCAGCUGCUCACCUACCAGCUGUGCCACACCUACGUCCGCUGCACCCGCUCUGUCUCCAUCCCCGCGCCAGCCUACUACGCCCACCUGGUGGCCUUCCGCGCCCGCUACCACCUGGUGGACAAAGAACAUGACAGUGCGGAGGGCAGCCACGUCUCGGGGCAGAGUAACGGCCGAGACCCCACGGCCCUCGCCAAGGCUGUUCAGAUUCAUCACGACACACUGAGGACUAUGUAUUUCGCCUGAGAGGUAGAAUACCCCUCCCAACACCCCAUCCUAUCAGCCUCUGUGUCCUAGUGGGUGGUCAGCCAUCGCAUAUCGGACUCUGGGCUGGCGCAGCUCUGGUCCUGAUGAGGGGAUGCCAAGCCGCUAAGGGUAACAACAACCAGAGGGGAGUACCGCAACGUUAUGCAAUAUGAAACCAGCCAAUCCUCUCCCAGCCUGUUCUCCUUUGCUGUGUUUUUAAUUAAUGGAUCGUCUCUGAUACUGCUCCUUGAGCUGUGCUCAACUUUUGCUUUGUCUUACUUUCAAAAUGCCAGAGUGUAGAAGACAAGACGGGGGAAUUGAUAAGGGGGUGGGGGGGGGGACAUAGCAGGUCCAGUGAGGAUCAGUCUUGUUCCUCAACCCAGUGCUGAUAUGAUGACUUGCCUAUCCGUGUUCAAUCGUAUAAAUGUACCUCUUUUUAAAUGUCUUCGUUAGCUUGUUGUCGUUAUAUGUGCGUCUCUGUAUGUUCUGUAGAAGUCUGAUUGCCAUGGCGAUGCCUGUUAGUCGAGAACGCUCGUGAAUCACAGCUAUGCCCUUUUUCAUAGAGCAAGCUGCUCGCCCAGUUACUCUGCUCUCUUUUAAGCCAAUGGUGAUUUACUUGCAGUCAUUGCGUCUGUCAGAGUUCAACACGGCAAUCUCUUUCAAUAUCAUAAGGCUUUUUUUUUUUUAUACAGCUGUUGUUUGUCGUACUUUUAGAAUAUCAACCCAGGCCACACCAUGGUCCUACUCAGAACUUUUACAGAGUUCACUGUGGUAGCUAUAGAUUUCACUUUAUCUUUGUUUUAUUCCUCCUUCUGUGACUUGAGAUUAAUCUUAUUUAUCAUUCAUUUUCAGCAAUCGAACGCUGUUCGUUUUUGUUUGUCAAAUUUGAACUAAGGAACUGAUGUCACACCUUUUUAGUGCAAUAACUCGUUAAUGCAUAAAAAGGGGUUCUAUGGUUACCAAUGUUGAUAUUUUUGGGCCAUUAUGAUCGGAUAUGGGCAGGUGAUAACGGAUAAAGAAUGUAAACUGGGGCGAGGAUUGAUGCCACAAAUGGUUAUGUUGUGGGUUAUGUGGGGGUGACAUGACACCAUAUGUGUUUUUUAGUAAAUGGAGUGAAUUAUGUGCCCGUUGUAGGUGGAAAGAAGAAUUUGAAAGACCAAGGAUGUAUCUAAUUUUAGUUGGAGCUCCUCUGAGAUCAGUUAAUUAGUUUAGUUACACAGUCAAAUAAUCUCAUCCAGGCAUUACUGUAAGCAUGAUAUGUUGUCUGGGAAUGUCUGGGGUAAGAGAGCACAGCGUGUAUGGCUGCAUGGAUUCAGUUUCAAGAUUUCAUUUUUAAUGUGAAUCAUUUUUUAAUGUAGACUGAUCAAUUGAAGGUGGGGACAGUUAGCUAACAGAUCUGUGUCGUUCAUUUGAACCCUCUAGCGGUAGGACUCAUUUUGCACUGUUCAAAGUAAGCCUUCAAAUGUCAAAUCAAGCCGUUUUGUCACAUUUUGAAGGGCAUUGUCUCUCUCCCUUUGCCUUGCUGUGCAGUAUCCUCCAGGUGAGGCCUUUUUGGGUUUGGUCAAACUGGAACGAGACGAAACUCAAUGUGCCUCGUGGGAUUGUGAGGGGGAGGACUGGGGUCAUCUGCAUGGGGCUUGAAGCAUGGGUGGUAUGAGCCUUGUCCGACUGGGACACAGUUGAUCUCUGCUCUCACUGCAAAAGAAGCGACAGGGUUGUGGCACGGACAGCACUCUGCCACACUCAUUGUCCUAUAGCUACGUGUUACCAGAAACCAAACUAGCUGCUAUACCACGUGUUAUUUUGUUCAUAUAUAUUCGUACGAAGAGAGACUAUAAAAAUAUAGGACAAUUUACUGCACUUAAAGAUGCAUGUGUUUCAGGUGAGACACAUACCCUGGUGCUGAGAGGUGCAGUAUGGGGGGGGGGGGGGGUAGUAGAACCCCCCCGCUCUGUUGUAUUCAGACAAUAUGAGCUUCAUUGGUGUAACAGGAGAGGACUUAUGAUACAGGGGACAUGCUUUAAUUCCCAGAGGGUGUGAUCUUUUAGUCAUCAGUACCCCGGGGGCCAAACUGUAGGUGUGAAUUAAGUCCCAGCAAAAUGUACACUUUCCUGCAAGAUGUCAGACAUUACCAGCAUUUGAUUUUACUUAAAGAACAGUGUAGGUAUGAUCUCAUCAACUGUAACUGUGGGCUAAUGUGUAGCUGCCCUGCUUGUGUGAUUUAAAAAAAAUAUAUAUAUAUGUCUGUACAGCAGUAAAACGGGAAGGAAUUAUCUCUCUACGAUGCCACGGAAUUGACCUCUAGAGCCCAGUGGGUGGGGUUUUGCAUCUAGGAGGGGGGGGGGCGUUGAACUUAUGCUGCCAUUCGUGGGAGGUGGGAAUUUACCAGUUGUGAAGUCGUAAAUACUAGUGGGAUGCAUUUACAUGCUUUGAACUCAUUGAGAAAUGCCAAUUGGCUAAUGGCUAGCAAGCUGCGUAAACCAUCAAUUAAAAGUACAGCUCUCAAGCUUGCAAACCCAAAUGAAAGUGUUCAAAAACCAUAUUAAUAGAUUGCUAUUUAAAAAUGUUUUGUUGCGUUUAACUUCCGAAAAUGCUGUUAUCGAGGUCAUUUCCUUAGUAGGUGACGUAGGUCACCAUGCGGGAGCACAGGAUGGACUAUUUCCCACUAGCAGUUAGCAGUUGGAGGGCCCUUUCAAAUGGAUUUUCCCAGUUGUAGGUGGUAAAUUCCCACUUGGUUUACGAAUGCAGCAUUAUUCUGAGGCCGGGGGAUAAUACAGGGGAGACACAUGGCAGCCUACAGUGCAUUCGGAAAGUAUUCAGGCCCCUUUUCUACAUUUUGUUACGUUACAGCCUUAUUCUAAAAUAGAUUUUCUCCUCGUGAAUCUACAAACACUACCCCAUAAUGACAAAGCAAAAACAGGUUUUUGCACAAAAAUUAUACUUUAUUUACAUAAGUAUUCAAACCCUUAGCUAUGCGACUUGAAAUUGAGCUGUGGUAAAUUCAAUUGAUUGGACAUGAUUUGGAAAGGCACAGACCUGUCUAUAUAAGGUCCCACAGUUGACAGUGCAUGUCAGAGCAAAAUCCAAAUGAUGUAAGUUGAAGGAAAUGUCUGAGUUCCAUGACAGGAUUGUGUCAGCACAGAUCUGGGGAAAGGUACCAAAAAAGGUCUACAAGAGUACUUGCGGCCUCCGUCAUUCUUAAAUAGAAGAAGUUUGGAACCACCAAGACUCUUCCCAGAACUGGCCACCCGUCCAAACUGAGCAAUCGGGGGAGAAGGGCCUUGGUCAGGGAGGUGACCAAGAACCCGAUGGUCACUCUGACAGAGCUCCAGAGUUCCUCUGUAGAGAUGGGAAAACCUUCCAGAAGGACAACCAUCUCUGCAGCACUCCACCAAUCAGGCCUUUUAUGGUAGAGUGGACAGAUGUAAGUAUUCCUCAGUUGAAGGCACAUGACAGCCUGCUUGGAGUUUGCCAAAAGGCAACUGAAGAUUCUCAGACCAUGAGAAACAAGAUUCUCCGGUCUGAUUAAACCAAGAUUGAACUCCUUGGCCUGAAUGCCAAGCGUCACAUCUGGAGGAAACCUGGCAACAUCUUUACGGUGAAGCAUGGUGGUGGCAGCAUCAUGCUGUGGGGAUGUUUUUCAGCUGCAGGGACUUGGAGACUAGUCAGGAUCGAAGAAAAGAUUAACAGAGAAAAGUACAAAGAGAUCCUUGAUGAAAUCUUGCUCCAGAGCGCUCAGGACCUCAGACUGGGGUGAAGGUUUACCUUACAACAGGACAACAACCCUAAGCACACAGCCAAGACAAUGCAGGAGUGGCUUCGGGACAAGUCUCUGAAUGCCCUUGAGUGGCCCAGCCAGAGCCCGGACUUGAACCAGAUGAAACAUCUCUGGAGAGACCUGAAAAUAUGUGUGCAGCGAUGCUCCCCAUCCAGCCUGGAUUUUUUACAUUUUUAAAAUCCAUUUUAGAAUAAGGCUGUAACGUAACAAAAUGUGGGAAAAGGUCUGAAUACUUUCCAAAUGUACUGUAUUGCCUAUAAUGCACUGCUCUUGACCAGGGCUCUGGGGAAAAGUAGUGGACUAUGUAGGGAAUGGGGUGGCCCAUAGUGCACUACUUUUGUCAAGAGCCCUAUGUAGGUAAUCAGUGGCAUUUUGGGACUCAACCACACUCCUCCAUGUGAUGCCUUCCCCUCUCUAACCGCUGGACAUCAGAUGCCUUCUUUUUGUGUUGUUCUCAACCAUUUCAAAUUCUGAAAUGGAGAUAUAUUUGUAUAUUAUAAUGAACACUUAUUUUUGCUAACAAAUUCUAUAAACAUAGAACAAUAAUGAUAAUAUAAUAUAGAAGACAAUGGUAAUAUGGUCACUAAUAAUAAUCCAAAUGCAAUAGACUGAUGUGGUGUUUUUUUUGUUCCAUGUUAAAGCAAAGCGUGUCGUACCGAAGCUACAUCUGUAGCAUUUAAAUGACCUACUGUGCGGGGGGGAUUGUUGAUUUUUUUUUGGGGGGGGUGGGGGGGGGGGGGGGGGGGGGGGGCAGGUGUUGUUCUGUAGUGACUGAUUGGAUGAACCUCCCCCUAUUUCCCAUCACUCUCCUCUCUGUCCAUUGAACUAAUAAUCCCUGGAGAGUAGCCUAGCUUCCAUUCAGUAGAUUCCAUUCAUCUCACAGCGCCUGGUCUACUAGAACAGGUAGUGAAUGUGACCUCCAUUUGAGUGUUGAAUUCAUCUGAGACAUUUUGUCUGAUUUUGUGUGUGUGUGUGUGUGCGCGCAUCUCUCAAAGUUUUUUUUUGUGGGAAAGGGUUGAAGGUUCAUCCUUGGACAAUACUCCAUAGACCGUGCCUUUUUCUGAUGGUGCUGAAAACAAGUAAAUCAAAGAAGAUAUCUUUACUUUCAAAACAUCGAGGGCAAUAUGUCUCUCUCUACAUUGAUACGUAUAUAUUGAUACAUGACAAUACUGUCCAACGUGUGCAUGUAUGUGUGCGCAUGGGUGUCUGUCUGCGUGUGAAACUGACAUACUGUAUGCCAAGAACACAACAAUAUGCAGAACCAAUCCGGUUUGAGGUGUCAGGACCAAAAAAGCUUGUGGGGAUGAUAAGGUGGGCAGGCACUCACAAUGCACAACCAAAAAAAAUUGUAUUUAAUAACUACAGUGGAUAUUUUAGACUGCCUCCCUAGUGGCAAAGUGUUUACUGUAAUGCAUGGGAUUUUCACCCCUCGUUCCCUUUAACCAUUUAGUAGAUGUUAAGUGAUGGUAUGUUCUAAAGUGAAUAGCAAUAAACAAUGUGACCUUUUAGGCUCUGAGCAACCGGCUGUUGGCUUACACCAGGAUUGCUUCCUAACUGCCACCCUAUUCUCUUUAUGGUACUCUGUUGGCUCUGGUCAAAAGUAGUGCACUAUAUAGGAAAUAGGGUGCCAUUUGGGAAGCAGCCCCAAACCAUUAUUCUCGGCUAGACAGAAAUACAUUUCUGUUUCGUUUAGAACCACUGCUCUGGCAUUAACCAUUUCUUCUGAAGAUCUUUAUGGAAAGAGCUUUGACGGUUUACAGCUAGAGGUUUGUAGACUGAGAACAACGUGCAGUGGUCCAGUUGUGCCCACAUGAGUGCCCGCUUGCCUAAGAAAGGAUUCCUCUGAAAAAUCUCCAAACCCUGCAUCUCUAUUGUGGUUGGCUGCAUAUCGGACUUAAUAAGAUACAACUGACAAAUUGCUUCGGUAACAGUAUGUGCUAGAUUUUUUCCCCCGCCUGUUUUAUGAAAUUGUGACACUUUUAGAAGUGUAAUUAUAUGUAAAAUACAUUUUUUUUUUUUGUCUGAUCCUGGUCCUAAGUUGAGCCUUUUUAUUUGGUUGUCAUAUUUAAUUGUUUUAAUUAAAAUACUGUAUGUCUGAAA